CUGCUUGGGCUUCAUCUUGUGCAAAAAAAACCUGAGGGGAAAGGAAGUUUCUGAGUGGGGAGUUCAUCUCUCUGCUUAGGCUUCAUCUUGUUGUGCAAAAAAAAUCUGAGGGGAAAGGAAGUUUCUGAGUGGGGAGUUCAUCUCUCUGCUUGGGCUUCCUCUUGUUUUCCAAAAAAAAUCUGAGGGGAAAGGAAGUUUCUGAGUGGGGAGUUCAUCUCUCUGCUUGGGCUUCAUCUUGUUGUGCAAAAAAGGAAAAAAUCUGAGGGGAAAGGAAGUUUCUGAGUGGGGAGUUCAUCUCUCUGCUUGGGCUUCCUCUUGUUUUCCAAAAAAAAUCUGAGGGGAAAGGAAGUUUCUGAGUGGGGAGUUCAUCUCUCUGCUUGGGCUUCAUCUUGUUGUGCAAAAAAGGAAAAAAUCUGAGGGGAAAGGAAGUUUCUGAGUGGGGAGUUCAUCUCUCUGCUUGGGCUUCAUCUUGCCAAAAGAACUCAAACCCCUUCUGUGGAUGCUGCAGCCGUGCUGACGUGAACAAAAGCCCGGCCACCUCACUGCCCACAUUUGUAGCAUUUGUCUGCAGAGGGCAACACGCGACAGAUUCUCCCCGUCCUCAGAACACUGGGGCGCCACAGUCUUCUGCAUCACGGUGAAAACCUGUCCACUCUUAGCGCGUUCUUGCUCUGUGCAUACAAAUGCUAGAACUAUGGGCUGCGUAGGGCAGGACUUCUGAGCGCAACGGCACAGGGGCUGUAGCAGAAAAUACCGUGAGGCCAGGGGCUGCUGUGUAACAGACUGUGUAACAGACUGGCCCUUUUAGUCUGAGAAGAAAACUGGGUGCAACUUGAGGCUGUCCCAAGAAACCGGAGGCUUCUUUAUUCUCCCAACAGCUGUGUAAGGCAGCAUAAAUCCUAAGAGAGUGGCUGGCUUGAAUGGAACACCCUCCCUGCACAUGAGAAGCUCCAGGCUUCUAGAUACUCGCAACACCUUUCUGAGGCAGCAGCAUCUCUAAUUUCCUGGCAGGCUUGUACGGAACAUGCUUCAUGCAUGUGGGAAGCUUCAGGCUUCUUUAUUCUUUCAACAGAAGAGAGUUCUCUUUAUAUUCUCUCAAACUUGUUUUCGUGAGUGAUCUCUUUUUAUACCUGUGAACCGCUUAGAGCUAUCUGGAUGCAGCAGUAUAGAAACUUAAUGAAAGAAUGAAUAAAUAAAAGCUGUGGGAGGCAGCAUAAUCUCUAAGAUGGUGGCUGGCUUGUAUGCAUGUUAGAAGCACCAGGCUUCUUCAUAAUUCUGCCACCUUUAUCAGGAAGCAUACUCUCCAAUUUAGUGGCUGCCUUUAAUUGAACACGCUUCAUGCGUGUUCUAUUCCAUCCCCUCAACAUGACUUCGAGGAAAAAUUGGCAAGAAGAAAAAGAGUGGGCACAUGUGUCCCAAUGAAUUCGGUACCUGAGUGCUGCUUUUGGACCAUUUUCUCCUCCCAAAAGGCCUGCGUGACAGAGAUUUCAACAAACAAUGAAAGGAGGCAACGACAUACAAGCCAAGAAGAAAUAUUUAAAAAAAAUACUGAAACAGGGGCAACAUGACAGAAGCCAAGAAGACAUGAAAGGAACCGACAACAGAGACACACACGAUUUCAAGAAACAACCAACGGAGGCAACGUGACAGAAGCCAAGAAGUCAUGAAAGGAGCUGACAACAGAGACACACACGGGCGAGCCACACCAAACACCACACUAGGGGCUGGGAAGAAGUAUCAGGUUUCUCUAUUGUCCCAAACAUCAUCAUCAUACACUUUAUUUGUGAGCCACCCAUAACAAAUAGUCCUCUGGGCAGUUCGCAACACAACACUGAAAAACGUCCAAUAAGAGCACACACAACACAUCAAGACGAAUCAACAGCUGUGCGAGGCGCAGCAGCAUCUCUAAGAUGGUGGCUGCCUUUAAUGGAUCACGCUUCAUGCCUGUCAGCAGCUUCCGGGGCAUUUUCUCCUCCCAAGAGGACAGCAUGGCAAAGGACUGAAGAAUGUGUACCCAAUGUGUUCAUUCAAUAUAUAUUAGCCCUUGGAAGUCACCUAAGAUAAUACAAAACGGGAAUAACUGGGAAAGUGCUGCGUGGCAAAUUUGGCAAGAAGAAACACAGUUGGCGCAAAUGUCCCAAUGAUCUCCAUCGCUGAGUUCUGAUUUUGGACCAUUUUCUCCUCCCAAGAGGCCUACGUGGCAGAAUUCACCAAAGGAGGCAACAACACUCAAGUCAAGCAAGCAGGAAAAGAGUCUCCAGGAAGAACUAAAAGAGGCAGCCACACACAAGCCAAGAAGGAACUGAAAGAGCCGACAACGCACAAGAUAGCCAAGCCAAGGGCUAUGCACUUCACAGCCCAGGAUGCUCUGUCAAUCCAGGGGCCAUCAGUAGGAACUUCAGGCUGCUUUGUUCUCCCAACAGAUGUGGAAGGCAGCAUGAUCUCUCAUUCUGUGGCUGCCUGGAAUGGAACACGCUUCAUGCAUGUUAGGAGCUUCAGGCGUCUUCAUUCUCCCAACAGCCUUGUCCAGCUGGACUGCCUUUAGCAGGACACACUUCAUGUGCGCUGCAUUCUGUCUACUCAGCAACCCUCUGUGGCAUGUUUGGCAAGAAGAGACAGAGUUGGCACCAAUUUGCAAUGACCUCCAUGCUGGAAUGGCGAUUUUGGAACGCUUUCUCCUCCCAAGAGGCCUGUGUGGGAGUGGGUUGCAAUAAAGAGCACAAGGAAUGAGGAGGAUGCAGAAGACAAGACAAGCUGACCUGAUCAAUCGUAUGAAGAGGAGGCGCUUUGUCAGAGAAUUGAAGAACUAUUCAACAGUUAUUCAGUUUUGUUUGUUAUAGUUCUUCGAUUUUAUUCAAAAUCUAAAUAUGUGUAAAUAUUGAGCAUACAUAUUUAUUUCACACUGAUUGUUACAAGGGAAUGUACAAAUGAAACUGUGAAAAGUAUAUUCACCAAGAUUUGCUCACACUUCACAAUAAAUGACUUGACUUGUUCUUUCCCAACAGAUUUCAGGAAAGAGCCGAAGGAGCAAGGAGAGUGAAGACAAGACAAGCUGUCCCAAUCUCUUUUGUGAUGAGGUUUCAUCAGAGAACUGAAGAACGUAUACAAAAUAUAAAUAUGUAUACAAAUAUUGAGCAUCCUUAUUGAUUACAUACUGAUUGUCACAAGAGAAUAUAAAAAUGAAACAACUGUGAAAAAUGUAUGACACGCAUCACAGGGGCGCUCUUGCUCUGGGCAGCAAGUCCUGCCUUAUUUCUUAUAAGAACAGAAGAAGCUGCUGCUGUCUACCGAGUCAGACCAUUGGGCCAUUGAGCUCAGUAUUAUCUGCGCAGACUGGCAGCAGCUUCUCCAAGGGGUUUUUCCUUCCUCUCGCGACUGUUAUGUGUUGUUGUUGUUGUUGCUCUUUUUGUUCCUUCUUACCUUUGUUAUCUAACCUCUCUUCGGAGCACUAGGGAGCUGGCGACAAACUGAAGAAGGAGGGGAUUGCCUCUCCCUCCUGGCAAGAGGAAAGCUCUCUGAUUGUCGAGGCAACCCAUGAUCCUUCGGAUGCAACCCAUACUUCUGAGGAGAAUGACCUUUCAGUAUUCUUGUGACCUCCCAUGGUUGGGCACGGUGAUUGAGGUGGCGGCGGCGGCGGCGGCAAAAAGCUCUGCGCAUCCGUCGGCGCGUCCUUCGCUGCACAUGACAACCAGGAAGGGCGAAGAAGGCGAGCGAAGGCCGCUCUAGCAACAGCGGACGCUGGUCCAGGUUGCCGGAUCCAAGCCCGGCGGCGCUUCUGAAGCCUGCGGGAGCAGCGCCCCCCUCUGGUGGGCUGCGCUGCGAUCAUGGACCGCUUCAGCCUCGCAGGCAUCGGCGACCGAGGGCUCUGUGUGUCGGUCGCGGGGAGGACGCCCUCGGCGGCAGCGCCUGCCCGAUCCGCCGCCUUGUAUGCGGUUCAUGUUGUACCUCGCCUUCCUUCCUCGCUCCCUCCCUUCCUUCCAGGGUGGAUCUCAAGAUGGCCCAGUGGGUGGCGCUGGCCCUAUGGCUCCACAUUCGUUUGCUGGUGUGGGGGGAGACCCUAGUGGCCUGGCUGGCCUUGGGCCUCCCCUGUGUCCUCCUGGAGCGGCCAGCACAGGCCACACACAAGCCGUUGCGUGCCAGGAAGGCGCCUCGGACUUUGGAAGAGUGGAAGAGCCCCGGAGGCAGCAGGUCCACUCCCGUCCACCUCAGCCACAGCAUCAGUUCACAAUGAAGCACCAAGGAGUUCCACUGGAAACCAAGGCCCUUUGCUCACCCACUUGGGACAAAAAGAUGCCGACAGAAGGAUCAAAGUGGCCAAGCCUGUGGUGGAGAUGGAUGGGGACGAGAUGACGCGCAUCAUCUGGGCCUUCAUCAAGGAGAAGUUGAUUCUGCCCAAUGUGGAUGUUCAGCUGAAGUACUUUGACUUGGGGCUGCCCCAUCGGGACCAGACGGACGACCAGGUCACCAUCGACUCUGCCCUGGCCACCCAGAAGUACAGCGUAGCUGUCAAGUGUGCCACCAUCACCCCCGACGAGGCCCGAGUGGAAGAAUUCAAGCUGAAGAAAAUGUGGAAGAGCCCCAACGGCACAAUCAGGAACAUCUUGGGCGGGACGGUCUUCAGGGAGCCAAUCCUCUGCAAGAACAUUCCCCGCCUGGUCCCAGGCUGGACAAAGGCCAUCACCAUCGGCAGACAUGCCCAUGGCGACCAGUACAAGGCCACAGACUUCGUGGUGGACAAGUCUGGGACGUUCAAGAUGGUCUUCACUCCCAAGGACGGCAGCGGAGUCAAGGAGUGGGAGGUGUACAACUUCCCUGGCGGGGGUGUCGGCAUGGGCAUGUACAACACCGACGAGUCCAUCUCGGGCUUUGCCCACAGCUGCUUCCAAUACGCCAUCCAGAAAAAGUGGCCCCUCUACAUGAGCACCAAAAACACCAUCCUCAAGGCCUACGACGGGCGCUUCAAGGACAUCUUCCAGGAGAUCUUUGAGAAGCACUACAAGACCGACUUUGAUAAGGUCAAGAUCUGGUACGAGCACCGCCUCAUUGACGACAUGGUGGCCCAGGUGCUGAAGUCGGCCGGGGGCUUCGUCUGGGCCUGCAAGAACUAUGAUGGGGACGUCCAGUCUGACAUCCUGGCCCAAGGGUUUGGCUCGCUGGGCCUAAUGACCUCCGUCCUCGUUUGCCCGGAUGGGAAGACCAUCGAAGCGGAGGCGGCUCACGGCACCGUCACCCGCCACUACCGGGAGCACCAGAAGGGCCGUCCCACCAGCACCAACCCCAUCGCCAGCAUCUUUGCCUGGACCCGAGGCCUGGAGCACAGAGGCAAACUCGACAGCAACCCAGACCUCAUCAAGUUUGCUCAGACUCUGGAGAAGGUCUGCGUGGAGACCGUGGAGAGCGGCUCCAUGACCAAGGACCUGGCUGGCUGCAUCCACGGAUUAAGCAAUGUGAAACUGGACGAGCACUAUGUGAACACCACCGACUUCCUGGACGCCAUCAAGAACAAUUUGGACAGAGCCCUGGGCAAAUAGGGGCGGCGUGGGGCUGCCUCCUGGAGCAUUGGCUUGUGGAGGGAGGGGGGUCGCUGGGAGGCAAUGCCACGUCAAGACGGUUUACCUCAUUUUUAGGCAGCAGCAGCUCUGGCUGGUGAGGCUUCCAACCAGGGAACCCUCUCUUUGACACCCGGUUUCCAAGGCCCUUUUUACCUGGCUCAUGGGGUGGGGAUGGGGUGGGGGGGGCGAGAAGAUGUCCCACCUGCUGCUAGGGCUGGCCGGGGGGAGAGUGGUCCCGGGCUGUAAUUUAUGUACUGUGGUUUGGGCCUCACGAUGCCCAGCGUAGCGAUUAAAGCCGAGCUUUCACACA